AUGAAUUAUAUCAUAUUCUCGCGUUCAGUACCUAGUGAGAGACAGCUAUUUACCGCGAAUACGUCAUGCGGUGUUCUCAACAUGCGCCAAUUCAUCACCUCUGGGUCAAGUUGUGAGAAGGUAAUGGUAACAAAAAUGAUGAAUCUCGGUACAUCGGUUGAGGUUUUAAAAACUUAUCACUCCUGUGCAACUUCGCAUAAGCCGUGGAAAGGAAGGCUUGACCAAUCCGAGGCGAAUAAUGGCGAAGUAUUCGCAAUUCUUAUAAUAAUCCUGGGGAUCGAAGAAUUUGUCAUUAGGACAGUACCAGCCACACAAUCAGAGCAGCCCACACCCGAAGAGCUAUCCAAGGCAUCUCGCCUUCGCAGGAGCACACGCGAAAGGCGACUUGCUCAAUCCGAUGAACGUCAAAAAGAUUUUGAAGGACAACUUACACCAGUGCAGCCGCCUGCCAGAAGCGCUCGCGUGAAGAGCUGCGAGCAAAUAAAUGAUGAGCGUCAAACAACCCAAAAAGCACGCCAUAGCGGUAAGGCCACCACCGGCAGCCUAGCUUCGCAGGAGCAUCCGCCUGAGACGCUUUUAUCACACCGGAGGUGUGCGUCAGUGCAGCCGCCGGGAAACGAUCGCGAGGGGAAUUUUGAACAGUUAGAUGAGCGUCGGCAAGAUUCUGCGGAGCAAUCCACAUCAGUGCAGCCGCCUGCUACCAGCGGCUGUGUGAGAAGCCUUGAUCAAUCGGAUGAGUAUAAUUUACACUCCAAAGAGCAGCCCACAUCGGAAGGUCCAUUACGGGCAGUCUACCUUCGCAGCACGCGCAGAAGACCACUCAACCAGGAUGAGAUAAUAGAUUGGUUUCCAGUAGCUGAUAGCUUCCGAGGACUGACCGCUCCAUUGGAGCCAUCCAGGAGCAGAAGGAGAGCGAAACUCAACCAACCCGCUGAGCGUCAGCGAAACUCUGAGGGUCGAUCCAUGCAGCUUCCUGACAGAUGCGUGAGCGAUCCUCAUCAAUCGAAUAAGCAUGAAUCACAACCGAGCAGCCCACAGCGGAAACGCCAGCACGGGCCGUUCAGCUUAGCAGGGGCAUGCGCGAAAGGCAACAAGAUCAGAGAUCUUCCUCCGCCCCUUGAGCAAUCUGAAAGCAAGCGGAGAGGGAGCGUCAACCAGUUCCUUGAGCGUCAAACGGAUCCUGGAUCCACUCCACACCAGUGCAGCCGCCUGACAGAAGCAGACGGGAGAGCAGUCCCGAACAAUGCACUGAGAGCAGACACAGAAGCACUACGAAGAGCGGAGGAGACACAAGAAGAGAGAACUCGCCGUCUCAAAAUCUAA